CAGGGUACCCUCACAUUGUAAGUGAGCAUGCGUAGCUCCAGUCCCGAUUCUCACCUGAUCCAUGUCGGGUUUGGGCUAUUCUCGUCUCGUGGGAAGUUUCGGUUCUUCAGCGCAAGUGUCUCGUCUAGCCUCGCCUCCUCUUUGCAUGCGCUUUGUUUGGGCGGCGCACUUCAUGAAAGCAGACAUCGUGAAGUCCACCAUUUUCCUGACGAUUCUUGUUUCCACGUAUUUAUAAAAGCGAGCCUUUUUUUUGCUGAGCACUAAUGUCGGUGGGACUGGAGUCUGGGUUUUCUAGCGAGGAGGUGCUGAAUGCCCGCUUCCCUCUUCACCGCGCGUGCAGAGAUGGAGACGUGGACGCGCUGUGCUCGCUCCUUCAGUGCAGCGCAGAUCAGCUGGCCGUGGAGGACUCUUUCUACGGGUGGACUCCUCUACACUGGGCUGCACACUUCGGCAAGCUGGAGUGUGUCAUGCGUCUGGUGCAGGUGGGAUGUGGUGUGAACUCUGUGACCUCUCGGUUUGCCCAGACUCCUGCUCAUAUUGCUGCCUUCGGGGGUCAUCCUCAGUGCUUGCUCUGGCUGCUGCAGGCCGGAGCUGAUAUAAACAGACAGGACUAUGUUGGAGAACCCCCCCUCCACAAAGCGGCCCGUGCUGGCAGCAUUGACUGCAUUAACACGCUCCUGGUCCAGGGAGCCAAGGCAGACAUGAGGAACUCUAGUGGACUGACCGCCGCUGACCUAGCUCUCACCCAGGGCUUUGAAGAGUGUGCCCAACUGCUUUCCAAUGCCCAGAACCAGCAGCUCAAUCAGCUUAAUGUGUUCUCAAACAAUGGCUUUGUGUGUUUUGGGGACCGCAAGCUUAUCCAAGACCGGAGCAUCCUUAAUGGGGUUCCCAGCCGAAAGAGGUCUCUGGAUUGCAUGGAGUCUAAUCUAAUUAAAAAGGCCAGAAAAGAUGAUCUCGGCUAUCAGCCGAUGAAUGGAGUGAACGGAUCCAGCGGAGAAGACCAGAUGGAGAACAUGCACAUGGAGUUUGGACAAGCGCUGAGUACCCCAGGUGGGAACCGACCCUUAAAUGGAUCCCUGCCUCUGGGUUCCAAUGGCUACAUCAGUCCAGAGCAGGACCUGGCUGUCCGAAUGGAGAGCUCGUCCUGUCCAGUCCACAAAGAGUCAGAGGUCUUCACCGUGACCUCCAUGCAGAUACCAUGUCGUUGCACUAACUCCUAUGCCUAUUUGUAGGAGCCUUUGCCUUGGCUAAAAUUCAAGCUCUUUUUGAUGAUGUGUGUCUGGGAGGGAAAAUAGUUUAAUUUGGUACACAUCGUAUGUAUAAAGCAUUUGAUCAUAAGUUGCUCAUACCACCCUGUCCUUUUAUCUUUUGGUGGUAUGAACUUUGUUUUAAACUGUCUUUUGCUUAUUAGGAGCACAUGUUGAGUUUCGAUUUGCACAGUAACUUCCCUACUACUACUGAAGUAGGUGCGUAAUGUAAUGAGUCUGUUUUUAUGCCCAGAAAUCUAUACUUGUAAAGUAUGUCAGUGUUUUUUUUUUUUUUUUAGUCUUAGUACAACACUGAUUUUGCAGUGAAUUGCAUUUGCCCAGCCAAAUUCCUGACCUUGAGUUUUGUAACAUUGGAUUUUGGUUUAGGAAGUUGGUUAAUACUUUGGAUAUGAAUGACUUUAUGUUCCUGUUAAGUAGCAAAAAAAGAAAAAAAAAACAUGAUUCCAAGUUUGUGUGUGUUUAUAUAUAUAUAUGUCCAUGUUAAAAAUAUAAAAUGUGCAUUUUAUUUUCCUUUUUUUUUCUUCAACAUUUAAUUCUCUUGUUCUGCCAAAGCAUAUCUAAUGAUGAAUGUAUAAAGUGCAUCUACAAACCUUGGCUUUGCAGCUUUCAUACCUGUUCUUUUAAGAAAGUCUAGGUGCUAUUCAAUCACAUCUUUAACCUUUUUGACUAAAUGUAUUGAAUCUGCAGUCUCAAGCGUUCAUCGGUCAGGUUAUUGUAUGAGGGUAAAAGUCUAUUUCCAGCUAAUGUUUUGCAUAGCAUUUCAUAUGUAGUGUAGAAGAUAUUUGCUGUUGCUAAACUAAUUAAAUAUGGUAAGAGCUAUGUAUUGAGACAAAGGUGAUUCUUUGAUUGCAUUGUACUUUCUAUAAAUUCAUCUAAAAAUCAUUCUUUCACACAGAACAGCUGCCAGAAAGUUUGCACUGCAUAUUGAAUAAUGCAUCAUUUCCUACUCAGAAUUACAAAGAACAUCUUACUAUAAUUGCUCAUUAAAACACCGGCUAUGUGUGACACAGAGAUUGAGAUAUUGGUAUAAAAAUUACUGUUUAUGUCAAGUAACAGGAUGCCUAAAAUGGAUGCGAAAUGUAAUUUCUAUACUCAUUAAAUGUUCUCAUUUAACAAA